CUUCCCCAAAUCUCUACCCUAGAAAGAAGAAUUUCAUCAGUGAACAAUGUCGGACUACUUUCCGGCAGAUCUCCUCUCCGAAAUCCUCGUUAAAUUGCCAGUCAAAACCCUAAUCCGAUUCACCGCCGUUUCGAAAUCAUGGCGGUCGAUUAUCACCAGCGCCGCCUUCAUCGCAUCUCACCUCUCAACCAACAGUGAGAAUCAAACCCUCCUCCUCACGCGCCACGGUAAAUACAGCAAGCUAGAUCAGUUUUCAUUGGUGAAAGCAUCUGAAAACGGAGGAUUUGGCAUCAAUUCCUCUUCGGAAAUCAAAAUUCCAUUCGAAUUCCCGAUCGAGUAUUCCAGAAUAGUUGGGUCUUGCGAUGGGCUUGUGUGCUUAUCCAAUGAUAUGUUCUUCCGUAAUCCUUCGAUACCCAGUAUUAUUAUAUGGAACCCAUCCGUUAGAAAUCAUAUAGUUUUACCCAACCCCACUAUCAAUCCGAUUGAAUCCCACAAUGUUGUACUGGGUUUUGGAGGAUUUUCUAGUAAUGCUUACAAGGUUGUGAGGUUGGUUUACGUCAGAAAAAUCGACGAUGUCGGUUGUUUGAAUGUUCCGCCGCAGGUCGAGAUAUUUUCCCUCGAUACACGGAGGAGUUGGCGGAGGUUGAUUGGUGGAGUUGGUAUUACUCUGUGGGCUCUUAAAAGUACGCACUGCCGAGCUUACGUGAAUGGGGUUGUGCAUUGGCUCGCCUACAAACCGUUCGAUGAAAAUCAACCUCGACGUUGUUCGAUUUCGGCGAAGUCAUGCCGCCAGAUGAGUUGGCAGAGGAUGCUUCUGCGAGCUUGGGUAUUUUCGUGAUUGAGGAUUCGCUCGGAAUUGUCGGUUCGAAUAUGGUGUCGUGGAAUGUGUGGAUGAUGAAGGAGUACUGUGUGAGAGAAUCUUGGACUAAGUUAUAUACGAUUGAUUUGUUGGAGGAGAUUACAAAUUUUGUUUGGUUUUGGAAGAGUGGUGAAGCUUUACUUACCAUACGUGAUCUUGGGUUAGUUGUCUAUAAUCCAGAGACGAAGGAGACUAAGGAUCCUGGAAUCUACGGGGAUCCAUAUUCGUUGUUUGUUGAUAAUUACGUUGAAAGCUUGCUUUUGGUUAGAGGGCAUGGAUAGUGGAGAUGAGUUUAGUUAUGCUGAUGAUGUAAUAAACACCGUUGGUGGGGAUGAAAACGAACGGCAUUGCAGGCAUGACUUUAAAUUAUUCAUUGUCGGACUUGCGUAAUUCAAUUUUGCAUGCCGUUUAAAUCUCAAUGCUCCUUUAUAUGGUCAAGAUUUUUUCAGAUUAAUACGUACUUCAUAUUCAUUGAGAGACUUAAGGGAAAAUGGCCAAAUGGGGCAUAAUAGAAGUGAUGUUGUAUGCACUAGAGGACUUUUCACAUUGAUCUGCGUUAGUGUAAUCAAUGUACCAAUUUGAUUGUGUGAACUUUGAGUCUUCACAAAUACUUUGUUGUGAUUUCCUGGAAUAUCCCUCAACAAAUGCGGAUUUUACCCUUGGGGGUAAUUGUUAUAGUAUUGUUUUAUGAGGGGUGUAAUUGUAAUAUAUUUUGUUGAAAUAAAAUAUGAUUGUUUUGUCCUAGAUAUUAUUUAUGAGGA